UCUUCAUAUGAACAAUGAAUAUUUUUUCAGUUUUAAAUCAAGUGCAAUUGGAACUUACUCUCCAGAAAAUUCCUGGCAGACCCCUCCCCCUGAACAGAUUCCCUCUUUUAAGCCCUUUGUAUAUUGAAACUCUAAAAUUAUCAUUGCUUCUUUGCCUCAAGCCCUUCAGUGGUUCACAUAAUACAAUAGAAUACAAAACCCUUAAUGUAGCCUGCAAGUCCUUGCAUGAUCUGGCUCUUGGCUUCCUCCAUGACCUCAUCACACGUUUUCCUCUCAUGCACCAAUUCCAGCUACACUGGCCUUCUUUCACUUCUUGCAGAAGCCAUGAUUCUUUCCUACCUCAGGGCCUUUGCACAUACUGUUCCCACUUUCUGAAACAUCAUCAUCUUGGAUACGCCACUUCCUGCAGGUCUCAGAUUAACUGGCCUUUUUUCAUAGAGAUAAUUCUUCUUUGUAGACCUUAACACAAUCUGUGCCUUUAAUUGCUCACUACCUAGACCAUAAGUUAUAUGGGGCCAUGUGUGGUGUUCUGUUUGCCCAGCACCCAUCACAGCAUAUACCAGACAGUCAAUAAUCAUUUGUUGAAUGAAUAAGUAUCACAGUUGCCACAGCAUUCCCCAUUAGCCUUCAGUCAUAACUAUUAUAAUCAUUCAUAUUACCACUUUUGGCUCAUGGGAGAUACUGAGUAAUUGUUGAAUUGGAUUGAGAUAUCUAAAUGUCAGUAUCUCAUGCAUUCAUUAAUACAGUUAUUUUUUAUUACCUUUAUGGUUCUUUACACAUUUGCUCUUCUAUAGCUGGAGUCUUUCUGUUACUAGCAAUCCUCUUACAGUAGGGAAGACAUUUUAGCAAAACGUGCCUUUUGGGGGAUUAUUCUUUUCUAACUUUUAAGAAAUGUCACUGAACAUUUGCUAAUUGGUAUACAGUUAGUAAUAAAUCUUGACUAGUGUAAACAUAAGUUAUAUAUGAUGCUUAGUGAUUUUUAUUUGUUUAUUUACGCCAUAUCCCAAGGUUCCAUUGGCCCCAGGUUACAGACGGCAGCCUUGAGAUACUGAAUGAAAGUUCUAGAUUCUAUUUUUGUGGUUUAAACCCCGCCCCCUCUGCGUGGUUCUCCAAGAACCUUGCUGCCCCCGCCCCAAAGGAUUAAAGCCUUGGAAUAGCACCGAAUUGUGCUAAAACUACUGAGUCUUAACCAUUUAGAACCCAAUGUGGGGUUUUUUUUGGGGGGGGGAGGUUUGUGGCAUCCACCUACCAAAAUCAUAGCUUCAUGAAGAUUUCAUAACCUUGUCUCUGCACCUUGGCACCUGCUGACAUGAAAAACAGCAGAAAAUAUGAUUUCGAAUGUUGCAUCGUCACACAAGGAAAAAAGCGCAAGUAAGAAAAACCGAGCUUAUUUUUGUUGAUGACAACAUCCAAGCAUUUUUGGAAACCUGCAUGGGGAAAUAAGCCUUGCUGAAAAAAACGGCCGCAGCGCAGCGUAGUCGGGGUUCGCCGCAGUGUGGCAGCGCGCCUUUAACUCGGCGUAACCUCCGCGUCCGGGCCCCGCAUCCCGGGCCCCGCGGCUCGGCCGGGGCGGCGCAUCGCCCCCUCCAUUCCUCCCGCGCAGCGCGCAUUGUUGUCCUUUAGCGAUUGGUCGUUGGACCAGAAACAGCUGUGCAGAGCCGAGCGGUGUAAAGGGGCCGUGGACCUGAACGCAGGUCGUCAGGCUGGUAGUGACUGACACAGGGGACUCGAGAGAGAGAGAAGAAGAGCCAGAGUCGUCCCCACCGCGUUCUCCAGGCGGCGUGGACCAGGUGGCCAGGGGGUUUGCGGCUGUCCGAGGAGCUCUGGGUGGCACCCCCUCCCCGUCUCUAAAUGACUUCGGGGUUGGCGCAGGUGGGCGAGACAGGGCACCGCAGAUCGUCUUGUUCCCACCGACCAUUUCUAUCCCCUUCUGCGAAGGGGAGGCGCCAUCCUAAAAAUAUGUAAAUAUUCAAGCGCCGACUCCGGACUGGGGCACCAGCCAAGGUCCCAGAGCCGCCGCGGGCUGUUUUACAUGAAAAUGAGAAGCCUGACAGGAUCCGUGCUCUAACUUAAGGCAGCUCGGUGAUUAGCAUGAGGCUGGGCGGCUUUCCGGCUUCCUGUCCUUCAAUAGCCGCUCUGCGCGCUCGCGACUGAGCAGCGGUGCCACCGUGCGGGUGUCGAUUGGCAGGCUCCGCAUCCUUGGCAGCCAUGGCUCCCGUCACCGCCGCGGCCAGUAAGUAGGAGCAUGCAUGUGUAGGGGGGGCACAUGCGUGUCGGUGCGCGCGCACACACACAUACACGCACACACGCACAGCACCGCGAGCCUCGGAAGGAAGAAGAUCGAAGAGGCGCUGCAGUCGCGAGGACAACUCGGGCUCUUCCUGGAUUCGGCAGGAGCCCGCCUGGCGCAGCUGCUGACUGCAGAGCCUGCUCGGAUCCCGUGCACACGCGCCCCCCAUCCGAGCCUCUGUAAUGAAGACUGCCUCCCAAGGACUGCAGGGGAGGCAGAGCCAGCCUGCGCCGGGGAUUGCGGGCCGCGCGGCUGAUAGGCCAAGGGGGACACGACUUGGACACUGUCAUCCCCACGCCUCGCUCUGAACCGCCCAGUGCAGAGAGGGUCUCCGGGUCAGCUCCGGAGGCCUCGGCUUCCUCAUUUGUUUGGGUCUUUUGUGCCGUGGCUCACAGUUGGCUAAGCACUCCUGCGCUGAAUCGGGCCAUUGUCUGCGCUCCCAUUGCUUUCACGCUGCAAGUCUCGGCGCCCCCACCCCGCCCGCCCCCUCCCCGCCUCCUCCUGGCCGGGGAGCCUCCUAACGUGCCUUUCCCCCCAGGAAUCUGGAAGCUAUAAGCCGGGCGGAUUGCAAAUGAAGUGUAAUGCAUUGUGGGACGUGUGUAAAAUCGGAGCCUUCGCCGUGGGGGGGUGUGGGGGCGUGGGGAGGGCCGGACCCGCCGCUGGCGGUGUAGACGCCGACGAGGAAGGGCUGGGAAAAUGCGCGCCGAGUCCGGCCGGGUCGUGCCCGCCGUAGACGGAUGAAGCCGCGCGCUGCGCCCCGGCGCUGAGGCCCCGAGGAUCGGGGCAGCGGGUCGCCCUCCCCACCAUGAAGAAGACCCGGAGCACAACCUUGCGGCGAGCCUGGCCUAGCUCGGAUUUCUCGGAUCGGGCCUCGGACCGCAUGAGGUCCCGCAGCGAGAAGGACUACCGCCUGCACAAGCGCUUCCCCGCGGCCUUCGCGCCCCAGGCUUCGCGGGGCUACAUGACGUCAGGUGAUGUAUCGCCCAUCAGUAUGUCUCCCAUCAGUCAAUCUCAGUUUAUCCCACUCGGGGAAAUCUUAUGCUUGGCCAUCUCCGCGAUGAACUCUGCAAGAAAACCUGUCACCCAAGAAGCACUGAUGGAGCACCUGACCACCUGUUUCCCAGGUGUUCCCACCCCAAGCCAAGAAAUUCUCCGGCACACCCUGAACACGCUGGUCCGGGAGAGGAAGAUCUACCCGACUCCAGAUGGCUACUUCAUCGUCACCCCACAGACUUAUUUCAUAACUCCGUCCCUCAUAAGAACUAACAGUAAAUGGUACCAUUUGGACGAGAGGAUACCUGACAGGUCUCAGUGUACCUCCCCCCAGCCCGGAACCAUCACGCCCUCUGCCUCAGGCUGCGUCAGGGAAAGAACGUUGCCCAGGAACCACUGCGACUCUUGCCACUGCUGCAGGGAAGAUGUGCAUGGCGGGCACGCGGCCACCCUGCAGAGGAAGCCCGCCAAGGACUGCAAAGACCCGUAUUGCCCCCCUUCCCUCUGCCAGGUGCCACCCACUGAAAAGAGCAAAAGUACUGUCAACUUCUCCUAUAAGACGGAGACUCUCUCCAAACCUAAAGAUAGUGAAAAGCAGUCCAAAAAAUUCGGGCUCAAGUUAUUCCGGCUCAGUUUUAAAAAAGACAAGACCAAACAGCUCGCCAAUUUUUCCGCCCAGUUUCCUCCCGAAGAGUGGCCCCUGCGCGAUGAGGAUACGCCGACCACUAUCCCUCGGGAAGUGGAAAUGGAGAUCAUUCGGCGUAUUAACCCGGACUUGACUGUGGAAAACGUCAUGAGGCACACGGCCCUGAUGAAGAAACUUGAAGAAGAGAAAGCACAUAGGAGUAAAGCUGGGUCCUCCGCCCACCACAGCGGAAGAAGUAAAAAGAGUAGGACGCAUCGCAAGUCCCACGGAAAGUCUCGGUCGCACAGCAAGACACGAGUGUCCAAGGGCGACCCGUCCGAUGGUUCCCAUCUGGACAUCCCGGGUGAGAGAGAGUAUGACUUCUGCGACCCUCUGACCCGGGCCCCCCGGGAGGGCUGCUUCAUCAUCGAACACAAAGGUGACAACUUCAUCAUGCACAGCAGUGCCAACGUGAUCGAGUCUCAUUUCCCCAUGACCCCAGAAUGGGACGUGUCUGGGGAACUGGCCAAAAGGAGAACUGAGAUGCCUUUUCCUGAGCCUUCCAGGGGAAGCUCCCACUCAAAAGUGCACCGAAGCCACAGCCAUACCCAGGAUCGGAGGUCCCGGAACGAGAGAUCCAACAAGGCCAAGGAGAGGUCCAGAUCCAUGGAUAACUCCAAAGGCCCCCUGGGGGCCUCCUCGCUGGGCACACCUGAGGACCUGGCUGAAGGCUGUAGCCAGGAUGACCAAACCCCCAGCCAAUCCUACAUUGACGACAGUACUUUAAGGCCUGCACAGACUGUCAGUCAUCAAAGGGCUCACAUUUCGUCCACAAGCUACAAAGAGGUGUGCAUUCCAGAAAUAGUCAGUGGCUGCAAGGAACCUUCCAGUGCUUGUAGCCUCCUGGAGCCAGGCAAACCACCUGAGACCUUGCCAUCCUAUGGGGAACUCAACUCCUGUCCAGCAAAGACGGCUGCUGAUGACUAUUUCCAGUGCAACACCUCCAGUGAGACGGUGCUCACGGCGCCAUCACCUCUGGGAAAGAAUAAAGAGGACCAUGACACUCUGACCCUGGCGGAAGGGGUGAAAAAGCUGCCUCUGUCAGACAGGCAAGCCCCACAUUCUUCCAGGGAGCCUGUGGGGCACAAGGAGGAGUCACCAAAGGGGCCAGGUGGAGGCCCAGCCACAUCGGGCACCGGAGCUGAAGGGAUCGCCAAUGGACGCCUCGUCCAGCAUCACAGCACCGAGCCCAGCAGCCUGGACAAAAGGAAAGAGCUAUUCAGCAAAGACACACUGUUCAAACCUCUUCACAGCACCUUGUCUGUAAACAGCUAUCACAAAUCGAGCCUGUCCCUCCUCAAAUCUCACCCGAAGACACCUGCGGACACACUGCCAGGCCGAUGCGAGAAACUGGAGCCGUCCCUGGGGACCUCGGCCGCACAAGCCAUGCCGGCUUCCCAGCGUCAGCAGGAGUCUGGGGGGAACCAGGAGGCCUCUUUCGACUAUUACAACGUCUCUGAUGAUGACGAGUCUGAGGAAGGGGCAAACAAAAACACAGAGGAGGAGAAAAACAGAGAUGAUGUGGGCACCAUGCAGUGGCUCCUGGAGAGGGAGAAGGAAAGAGACUUGCAGAGGAAAUUUGAGAAGAACCUCACCCUCCUUGCCCCCAAGGAAACUGACAGCAGCAGCAACCAGAGAGCCACCCAUUCGGCACGUCUGGACAGCAUGGACAGCAGCAGCAUCACGGUGGACAGUGGAUUCAACUCCCCACGGAAUUGAAACAAAGGUUUCUGCAGCUGUAGAGAUCACCAAUCUGGACUGCACUCGGGAGAGCCUGGCUUCCAACACGUCGAGCAUUGUUGAAAGUAACCGUCGUCAGAACCCUACCUGGAGCCCGGCCCACGGUGGAGCUGGCCCAGCCUUCAGUUUCCGAGCAAGUACGGACCCCCCCACCAACGAAGCCGAGAAAUUACAGAAACCUUCCAACUGCUUGCAAGCUUCUGUUACUAGUGUGUGAUAGUCAUCCUGCCUCAGAUCUCCUGUCUCAUUUGAUACGACCAAGUUUACGACACUGGGACUGAUGUUUACGACACUGGGACUGAUGUGACAUCGUUGGGAAGACAAGCAUCUCAGCCACAGUUUUUGUGUUGAUGGAAACUGUGCUGCUAAUAAGUAGGCUAGGGCAACACAACAACAACAACAACACAGUCUUUAUUUCAGAGUAUUGCUUUUCACAUGUAUGGCUCUGUAGCAACAAGAAUAGCAGUAGGGGUGAUAUGUCUACUUUUGCUUCACUAAUUGUAACUGAGCACACAUAGGGAAGUCUAGACACUGUAAGUGUUAUAUGCAUUUUCGAUGUCAUGCCGUUGCCAAGUCCAUUUUAAAAUGCCACAGGUGCGUGUUGCCCCCCAGUCUGCGGCCACCCUGUACCGCAGAACUGAUCCUUGACACUUCCAAAAACACAAACAAACAAAGCCACCACAAAAAGGUCGAAGGCCAGGGUCCACCUUGAGGGAAAUCGAUGCCAAACUGACCAGGAGGGCAGCCAGCCCUUUGCGUGGGAAUCUUUUAGGCACCAAUCAUUUUGCACUGUGCGUUUUCGUGAGUUUUUGCAGGAGCUGGUGGACGUGUGUCGGAAGGGGUCUGAGAUCCAAGUAACUGGGAGUGUUCUGUUUUCAGGAUUUUGCUUUUAAGUGUCAAGAUGCUUGUCUGAUUUUUUGUUUGUUUGUUUUACAACCUUCCAUAAUCACAAACAGGAAUAUAGGCCUUUGAAUCUGAAAUGGACAAAGGAAGAGUUCCCCAGCCUGGCUGGGACGGAGCACUGAGUGAUGGGAGAGGUGAUGUGGACUUUAAAAGGUGUUAAUCAAACAUUGAAGGAAGAUCAUUUCCUCCUUGCAAAAUUUAGGCUAAUGCUAUCUAACUGUAAUAGAUAUGGUAAUUAGUUUGUUUAAAAAGCAAAAUGUUCUUUGUGAUACACAUGAAGACUAUGGCCUGGGCGUUAUUCUUUCUAAUGGAAGGACAUAAAUCUAUUUUAUGUAGUUUUAAAUAGAAUGCCUAAAUUAGGCUGUGGGAGAUCAUUUUUAGUGGUUGUAGGAAAGAGCAAAUUUAGGGAGAGUUGAACUUCAGGCCUUUUAUUCCUGGGAAGAUAUCUAGAGAGAAAACUUUAAAAAUAAUUUUUGAUUAGAAAUAUCCAUGUGCCCAUGUAAUUAACAACAGAAUGUGAUCAUUCUGCAAGUGUGGUGUAAUCCUGACUUGUACGCCCCUGAAAAUUUAUCGGAAUAACCAUUAUGCAUAUACAUGAACUAUGCCACAGGAAUGUUUACAGACAACUUCGUAACCAAUUUCAGGAGGCAGUUUUAGGCGGAUGUAUAGUUUUUAGCCCGGCUGAUUUCGGAAUGGUUUGUUAACCUUUUUCUUGGUUUACCAUGUCAUGUUGAGCACAAAGAAGGUCCUCAAAGGGAUUCCAAAUAAUCAAGAUUCAGCCUUCUAGGAAAGGGGCAUUCCAAAGUUCCCACGCCUCAUUUUAUCAGAAUGACGCAAUAAAUCUGCCCAUAAUGGAAAAGUAUUCGCAAAAGGUGAUCUGUGACACCAGUAAACGGUCUAACAGAGAGUUUUAUUUAGUUGAGUGGCAGGUGAUAUUUGGAGCCUCAUGCCAUACAAUAAAUAUCUAAAAAAUAAAUCUGAAACAGCUUCACCCCAGAUUUCAGGAAUUGGCACCAAAUUUGUGAAACACUUCUGCUUCAGUGUUAGGUUGAAUCAGCAGCCAUCUGUCUAAAGAGUGGAGUCCUAUACGCAGUUGGACUAUUUCUUGAAACAUUUGUGUACCCCCUCAUGCUUUUUCAGAUAUCUGGAAGUUGCAUUGGGUCAAACUGGACUGGUCAAGUUUAUGUGGAUUCCUUAUUCCUUUUUUGUGCUUACACAUAAGCAUGUUUCUUGGUUAAACUCCCACACCCCUAAAAUGCUGAAGUCAAUUGGCUUUCAGUCCCAUGCCUUACUUCCUCCAAGGCAUGCCUUGAUUGCUCAGAAAUGCACUCUGUCUCGUUGCUUAAAUUUGUCCGGAAGGAACAAUAACAGAUCCAAUAGACUGUACGCAGAGUCUGUUUCCUUGGGGAGUUGUAUACCAUAGAGUUAUUACUAAAUUAUUCUAAAUUCUUUUUUCCGCCCCAAAAAACCUGCCCUCAACUGUGUAUCAUACUAUCAGUUCAUAAAUAAUAGAACCAUUGAAACAAUACGUCAGCCUCUAGUUGAUCCUCCUAAAGUAGCCAUUAUAAUCAUCAGAUACUGUGUGAACAGGAAGGGAAAGCAUUACCUUUAAGAGAAGCUUUAAAAUAGGAACUUAUCAAGAUUUCAUGAGAAAUAGGUUUACAGAAGACAUUGUUCAAAUAAAAUGUGUACACUCUUUGCCUGAUGCUAUGGGGUACAUGAUUUUAAAAAAAAGCAAAAAGCAAAAAAACUCCCUUAGAGCAGCAGCCAUUCGCAUAGCAGCAAUGGACUUCAGUGAGGGUGUGGUGUCAGCAGACAUUCCCUGCAGAAAUAUUCUCACUGAAUGGAAUCAGUUUUCUUGAACAGGGAGAAGUGGUUGGCGGGAAGCACAUUACAAAUAUGACCCAAGAUGGUCUGCGGGGACCUCCUCAGUGGCCCGCUCCAAGCUUUGCCCAGCAUCCUUUCCUCCAGGGAAAAGACAGCUCUGUGUCUCACGGCUGCUUAUCUAGACUUCACGUAGAGUUUAUCAACGGAAAAGGUUUACAGAACUGAAUCUGGUUGAAUCUCUGUGUAGCGUUCAACUUUAAAGGGUCAACUCAUCUGUCAGCAUUUUGCACACUUAUGUAUUAUUAUGAUGCAGCAUAUUACUUUAUGGUAAUUUUUAUUUUUACAUAUAACUACCUCCAUAAAUUUGAUGAAGCGGCAGCAGUGCGUUCACGUGUGUUGUUCCGAAAAGUUGAAAAUUUUCUUGACCAUUAGGCCAUGGCGUUGUGUGUGUGUGUGUGUGUGUGUUUGUGUGUGUGUGUGUGAGUGAGUGAUGACCUAUGUGGACUCGUGGCUGUUUCAUUGCCAUGGUUUUCUUUUCCAGCAUUAUUUCACUCUCAGCUGUAAACCUGUCUCUCCUCUUCUUCCCCACGAAAGCGCACUUGAUUUUGUUCUGAACGAGAGGAAGUUUAAAUUUCUUGUCUCCUCCGCCCCCGCCCCCGACCCAUUCCUGCUAAGAGUUCUCUCUGGCCAAGAGCCAGUUGGUAAACAUGAUCUAGCGAGCUGUUUACUCCUAUACGAAUCUGAUCUGAAUUCUAGGUUCUCGGUCGCAAGACACACAAGAAAUUUGGACUGCCACCUCUGAAGCACUCUGGGCUUCUCCGCCUUCACUUGCAUGCUACCAUAUUGAGCCCAGACUUCAUUUGAAUUAAAAGAGCUGUGCUGUAUAUCCACCGCUUCUGUUCGAUAAUUUGUAUUUCGUUUUAUAUAUUUUGCACAUCUCAGGGGACCUUCAUGCGCAUAUGAAAAGGGGGGGUGCCAUCAAAUAGAGGAAACACAUAUAAGAGCUGAAAGAGGCCUCGAAGGACAAAAUAGCAAAUUACUGCUUCUCUGAUGCCGUUGAAGUUCAGGUUCAGGAAGCUUCCAUUGAAAGUUAAUCUGGAGUCACAACGAUCUGAACACCAGCUGUUCCCAGAUCUCCCUUUGUCAUAACCCAACCAGCAUUUCUAAAGUGUGCAUUUAAAUUAUAUUGCGGUCACCAUGGGGAGAAAAAAACAAAAACCUGUUCAGUGAUAAUGAAAGCCUUGUUUGUAUUUUUUAGGUUGGCACAGCUUUGUAAAAUUCUACCCAGGAUAAACCACUUAUCGCCACAAAGUGUACUUGAAAAUAAAGUUUUUAACUUAAAUUAUAGGCAUAUUGCUCAUGAUACAAUAGCGACCAUAUUUUGAACAAUCUCACCCUUUAUAACACGGGCUGUAUUGGAGCUUAAUUAAAAACCAACAACAACCUAUGAUGACUUUGCAAAUUUAUUUUAGGCUCUCAAAGCGCUUCCAGAGCAUUUGGAUUCACAACUAACAAAGCAGGUCACAUUUGUAAUACCUGAACUUGAAACAAAUAAACAGGAGGAAUGACAUACGAUUACCCAGAAACACAGUGGCAGCUACCAAUGAUCUAUUUUCUAUCCAUUUGAUAGACCAUCACGAGACAUGACGAAAUACAAUGCUAUUUUUCUGAUGUGUGCUAAUAAAGUCAGAGUUAACAAAUACAACUUGACACCUUCGUCCAUUUUCAUUCCAAAAAAAAAAAAAAAAAGUUCAGGGUGUUGGGAAUUUUACAAAAUGCACCCAAAUGCCAUUGCAAUCCAAUGUUAGGUCUGGACAUACACCCUUGUUUACACUUUCAUAUUGAGCUUCUCUAAAUCCUGUGCUCAAAUACUGUCUUUCAGGAACAUGACUGCUCCUGGCAGAGGAAGGUGCUGAAACAGCAAUUUUCAUUAAAAACUUGAUCAAGUCCUCUUCAAAGUGCUUCUUAGCACGACGGAAAUUCAGUACAAUACAUUGAGCCCUACUUUGAAGAAUCUGGAUUUCCCAGGGAAGCUGAUCUAGUUUUAAAUGGGUGUCUUUCUUCUCAAAUUAGGAGAUAAAAGAUCCCGGUCGGGGACCUUCCCCGUGACCACAAGCCAGUCAGAGAACCAGCUAGCAGCACACUGUCAGGUGACAGUGGACCCCAGUGGAAGUGAUCCCUUCCUUUCCCCUCCUCACCAGACCCCCCAGACACCGCCCCCCUCCCAUACUCUUCUGUUCGUGAGCGAAUUUCUGCUCACAUGUAGGGCUCGAGGAAGCUAGAACACAGGAAAAUCGAAUGCCAAAGCCAUGGAAGACAUUGCUUUGCUCUAGGUUAGUAAAAUACGAGCAGGAAAGAGAUGACUAUCAAUCUGAUCUUUGCCAAGUAAGAUAAAAGCAUCAGCUGUCACUCCGUCAGCAGGCCCCAAAGUUUUACAGUAUUAAGGAUGCAUCCAAUAUUUUCCCACAGAUUUUUAUUGAGGAGACAUUUUGUAAAUUACAUCUAUGAGAAGAAUCGUUAUUAAAUUUCCCGGUCUAGGCAGUAGACACUGGCGUCUCCCUGGUGGAGUUAAUCUCUGCGUCUUUUGCAGCAACAUCCCAGAGAGGGAGUCCCCAGCUGUGGUUCCUCUAACACAGAGCCCUGUGUUUUCAGAGUCAUUCUAGGACUUGCAGGUGCUGAUUUGCAAGGUUCAGAAUUCUUCAAGGCUCAAGGGGGACCAAAUAUUCUUCUGAUGAUUGUACCUGAUCAGUGACGGGGCUUUGCUCCUUGCUGGCUUCAAGUGUGAAUACACACACACGCUGCCAAUGAGGAAAGGGGGUGUUUCCCAGGUGAGGCAGCAGUGACUCUGGAAGCCGAUGCAAGGCUAAAAGUUUGGUUGGUCCAUGAACAGCUGCCUCCCUCCCUGUCCAAAGGCUGGUUUGGGCAUGCGCAUUCCCUGGAGCCCAUCAAAAAGUGGUACCAAUCUGAGAUCCAAUGUCUCCUCCAACAUGAAUCCCCUGCAAUGACAGCAAAUUCAUCUCAAAGUACACACGGCUCCUCGCCUUCCUUUCCUCAAGGAGGUCCCCCUUCCCUGCUUACUUCCUAUCCUCCCCCCAACUUAGAUACCAAUACACCGCCAUGGUUUCCACAUUGGAAGGGCAAAGCAGUGUGUGAUACAGUGCACACAAGGGUGGGUUAAGGCUAGAGCUGCCCUAGGGUGACCUUGAUGUCAGUAUUGACGGCUACAGAUUAAGGUCCUUAGAGUAGUUGACAUCAGUACAACUUUCUAGAAGAGAAUUAAAUUUCAACAUUAAGUUUAAAGGGAUCAUAAUUCUGCAGGUAUCUUUCUCUGAGUGACUGAAUGUGACUAUUACAUUAGGGUAAAUGAAUUAAGAAGUGCAAGUGGGAUUUACUGUAUGUUAGAAAGGAGUUUUGCAGCCAAGACUGCCUUGAAUAAAAUGUGUUUGCACUGAAAAAAAAAUUUUAAAUUACUUGGUCUCUGGUUGCUGUAAAGGUCAUCCACGAUGGAUGUUCUGUUUAUAUUGUAUAGUAUUUCAUAUGAAAUAAUUACAGUUCAUGAAAUGUCUUCCCUAACGUUACUGAUUUAUAACAGCACAUUUGUAACAUGGUUUUUAUCGUGUCAGUGUACCAUAUUGUAAAUGAUGAUUACUUGUCAUGCUUAGUAUAAUAACUUAAAAGAAAAAAAAAGCACAGGGAUUUUUGUAAGUCUAUAUUUGAAAGUCCCUCCAUAUGGUAAUAUUGUGUUCAUGUUGUUUAUGUAGUGUUGUGUGAACUAUCCAUUUUGGAUUGUGUUACUUUUUAAGAUAUUAAAUAACAUUUGGUUAUAUGUCUAA